GAGUGACAAUGAUUGAAAUCUGCUUUGGGUUCCAUUGCUGAAAUGCUUCCUGAUCCAAAGAGUAUCUGCACGAGCUCCAUUCAGUGCUUCUAGACCCUGGUGACUGUUAAGGUCUGAGUGUUCCUUCUCCUGGACAAAAGACUAGCCAUUUGUGGGCAUCAUCCCUGAUCCCAUAUUCUUUGUAAGGACUGGACUCAGAGAGAGCAUUUGCCCAGCACCAUGUCAGGAGGGCGGGCGGGUCCCCAGACUAAGAACUUUGAAGCUUGGGAUUAUGUUGUAUUUGCAGCUCUUUUUAUCGUUUCUUCAGGAAUCGGAGUGUUUUUUGCCAUAAAAGAAAGGAAGAAAGUGACUUCUGGGGAGUUUUUAUUGGGGGGCAGGCAAAUGAGCUGUGGUCCGGUGGCUUUGUCCUUGACUGCUAGCUUUAUGUCAGCAGUCACUGUCCUGGGGAGUCCUGCCGAGGUUUAUCGGUUUGGGUCAUCCUUCCUGGUUUUCUUCUUUGCGUAUACAUUUACCAUCAUCUUUACGUCCGAGCUCUUUCUGCCAGUUUUUUACAGGUCUGGGAUCACCAGCGCUUAUGAGUACUUACAUUUAAGAUUUAACAAGGUGGUCCAGUAUGCUGCCACACUUAUCUACAUAGUGCAGACGAUCCUCUAUACCGGAGUGGUGAUUUAUGCUCCUGCUUUGGCGCUCAACCAAGUGACUGGCUUUGAUCUCUGGGGAUCUGUGUUUGCCACAGGAAUUGUCUGCACGUUCUACUGUAGUCUGGGAGGAUUAAAAGCAGUUGUGUGGACAGAUGCAUUCCAAAUGGUUGUCAUGGUGGGAGGGUUCUUGAUGGUUCUUAUACAAGGAACAGCAUAUGCUGGCGGAUUUCAGAAUGUAUUAGACCAAUCAAAAAACGGCUCACGACUUGAAAUAUUCAGCUUUGAUAUGGAUCCAUUGAGAAGGCAUACGUUCUGGACGAUUGCUAUCGGAGGAACCUGUACAUGGCUAGGCAUCUAUGGUGUUAAUCAAUCCACGAUACAGAGAUGCAUCUCUUGCAAAACAGAAAAGCAUGCCAAGGUUGCUCUGUAUCUUAACUUAAUUGGUCUCUGGAUAAUUAUGUUCUGCGCAGUCUUUUCAGGCCUGAUCAUGUAUUCUUACUUCAAGGACUGUGACCCCUGGACUGCUGGCCUAAUCUCAUCACCGGAUCAGCUGAUGCCAUAUUUUGUAAUGGAAAUAUUUGCCUCAAUGCCAGGAUUCCCCGGACUAUUUGUUGCAUGUGCCUUCAGUGGAACCCUGAGCACAGUGGCUGCCAGCAUCAAUGCCUUAGCAACAGUGACUUUUGAGGAUUUCGUCAAGAGCUGCUUUUCCAACCUCUCGGACAAGCUGAGCACGUGGAUCAGCAAAGGCUUAUGCUUGCUAUUUGGAGUCGUCUGUACCUCCAUGGCCGUUGCUGCAUCUCUCAUGGGAGGGGUUCUACAGGCUGCCCUGAGCAUCCAUGGCAUGUGUGGGGGACCCAUGCUCGGCCUGUUCACUUUGGGAAUUGUAUUUCCUUUUGUCAACUGGAAGGGUGCCUUAGGGGGCCUCCUGACUGGAAUCAUCUUAUCAUUCUGGGUGAGUAUCGGGGGGUUUGUGUACCCUGCUCCAGCAGCCAAGACCCGUCCUUUGGUUUUAUCAACAGAACAAUGCGUCCAGCUGAACAUAACAGAAGCAUUACCCCCAACGACUCCUCCAGUAAUUGUUGACAGACCAGCCCUGGCGGAGACAUGGUACUCGAUCUCUUACCUUUACUACAGUGCUGUGGGGUGCCUGGGAUGCAUCCUUGCUGGUUUCCUUAUCAGCUUUAUAACAGGUCCAGAGAAAGGCAAAAAUAUUCAACCACAAUUGAUUCGACCAAUUGGGAAUUUGUUUUGCUUUUGGUCUAAGAAAUACAAGACGUUAUGCUGGUGUGGAGUUCAACAUGACAGUGAGACAAUUCUCGACAACCUUGAAAAUGAUACUGCCUGGCAACAAGGAGCUGAAUCUGCCCUGAAGAAUGGACUCAAGGACAGUCAGGACCAUCUCCCUGGCUAUAAUCCUGACGAGAAAAGUUAUACCAAUCUGGCUGCUGAGAAAGUCACCCACUUCUAGGAACUAAAGACUGCCUUAUGACCCAAUGCUUGUUUCUUCACUGCUGUCCUCCACACAGACACAAAGACACAAACAUGCCUACAGAUA